CCUGAAAUUGUUGCCGUGCUGUCUGUUUUAUUAGUAUAAGUAUUAGACAAUGCACUUGCCUUCUUUCUUUUUGUCUUUCUUUCUUGACUUCGAUUUCCAUACCUAAGGUUAGUCGAAUCGAAUAACCGAUAAACCGUCUAAGACAAAGCCACCAAGAUGCCUUACCCCGACGAGUUUGAAGGUUUCAUGAUUACCGAGCUAGGUAAAUACAAGGACUUUAAGAGACAGUCCUUUAAACCGAAAGUCUUCGGCGACAACGACAUCGACAUCAAGAUCGAGUGCUGCGGCGUGUGCGGCUCCGACGUGCACACGGUGACGGGCGGGUGGGGCGACGCCCCGACGCCGCUAUGCGUCGGCCACGAGAUCGUGGGCAAGGCGGUCAAAGUCGGGCCCAAGGUCAAGGACGUCAAGGUCGGCGACCGCGUCGGCGUCGGCGCCCAGAUCUGGUCGUGCUUGAAGUGCGCGCAGUGCAAGAGCGACAACGAGAAUUACUGCCCUAGCCUAGUCGACACGUAUGGCGCCCCUUACCCUAAGGAGGCGGAUCCCCACGAAACGAUUUCCCAGGGCGGUUACUCGUCGCAUAUCCGCGCGCACGAGUACUUCGUAUUCCCCAUCCCCGACGCCAUCCCAUCGCACCUCGCGGCGCCGCUGCUCUGCGCCGGACUCACCGUGUGGUCGCCCCUCGUGCGCGCGGGGGUCGGCCUCGGGAAGAAGGUGGCGAUCGUGGGGCUGGGCGGGCUGGGCCACCUGGCGGUGAUGUGGGCCAACGCGCUGGGGGCGGAAGUGACGGUGAUAUCGCACUCGCCGAGCAAGAAGGCGGACGCGCUGCGGCUCGGGGCCCGGCACGUGGUCAACAGCGGGGAGAAGGACUGGGCGCGGCCGCUGGCGUUCGCGUUCGACUUCGCGCUCAACACGGCGGACAUGACGAACAAGUUCGACCUGAGCGCGUACCAGUCGAUCCUGAAGGUGGGGUGCGGGUUCCACCAGGUCGGGCUGCCGGACGAGCCGCUGGAGGGGGUCACGCCCAAGAUCUUCAUGGCCAACGGGUCCAGCAUGGGCGCCAGCCACAUCGGGUCGCGGCCCGAGUGCCUCGCGAUGCUGAGGCUGGCGGCGGAGAAGAAGCUGUUCCCGAUGGUGGAGACGAUACCGGUUUCGGAGAAGGGGUGCGCGGAGGCGAUCGAGAGGGUUAAUAAGAACGAUGUGAGGUAUCGGUUUACGUUGGUUGAUUACGAUAAGGCUUUUGGUACUUAGCCAAGAGGCCUUUCUUACCUCUUCUCUUUUUACCUCUUCUCUCCUGUUUUCGAUUUCUCUUGAGUUGGAGGGUUGAGAAAAAAAGCCAUGAUGAGUUAGUUUGGGGAGUUGGAUAUUGUAUGUUGUAAAGGGUUGGUGUAGUUCGGGUAUGGUGUAUAUAUGGGAAUGUGAUGGAAUGAAACUUGGCAAAAUUCAGGUACUGAUGACAACUAAAGUGAGCUUAUUGAAUGUCUUUAGGGAAGCAGCUGAAAAAGUAGGUGGUUAUAAUUGAGAGGUUAUGUGGUCAUAAUUCAUAAUAAGUUCUUAUAACUAACAAUCCCAUCUAUCUUAGUUACAGGUAUGUUUAAAUGCAUAUCAGAUGGUAAUUUUUAGAUGUA